GCACAUCCUACAGAUUAACAAUCAGUUUGUCUCCCGUGACACACCAGGAAAUAUCGAUCCUUUCUUCCGUGCUGGAAAAACUGCUAAAUCUAGCUGUACUUUGAAACGUGGUAGCUGAUUUCUAGUUGGUUUAAGUUGUAGAGCAUCUUAGUCCAGCAACAAACUGGCAUCUUGUUAAUGCUGGGUUAAACUAUAGCGUAGACCAUCUUGGACCAUCUGUUCAUACUGUCUUAAGGUGGUAAAACAGGUUGUAAAUGUUUUCUUGUUGGUCCAAGGUGGUCAUUGCUUGUUGACCAGCAACAUAACAACUACUAGCUGGUUAUACUUGGUGGUCAGGUUGGGUUUUGGAACAUGGUAACUUGCCAACCAGCUUGUAAUGACCACCAGCUAGAAACCAGCUACCACUUAAACUAGCUUUUCUAGAGUUUCAUGCUGGGAAAAAAAAAAAAAAAACUGUUAAAUCUAGCUGUAUUUUGGAACAUGGUAGCUGGAUUGGUCGAAGCUGUAGACCAGCGCCAAACCUAGCAGCUGGUUUUAACUGUUUUAAGUGGAGGUGUCGUCGAUGACAAACCAGGACCAAAGAUGAGGAAGAGUUUUGAUAACGCCUUUAUUGCUGAAGUUAUUAUACGGCUGCUGCUUUUAGGUGUUUUUCUCGUGACUGAGGAGCUUCCUCCAUUCAGCCGUGAGAUCCAGCCUGAGGAACUCUGGCUCUAUAAGUUCCAUCCCGUCAAAACGGACCGUGUUCCUACCCGCUUCAUGUUUUCUAUCGCCCUCUUCACUCCAUUGUUGGUUAUUUUCUUAUUUGCCUUAUUGAAAAAAGGUGUAAAGGGAGAUAUGAAAGAGGCAUCUUUGGCUGUGACUUUGACCCUGGUGUUAAAUGGAAUUUUCACUAAUGCAAUCAAGCUAGUCGUGGGCAGGCCACGGCCUGAUUUCUUCUACCGUUGCUUCCCGGAUGGCCAAAUGAACCCAGAGCUUCACUGUAGCGGUGACCUGGAUGUAGUAAUGGAGGGAAGGAAGAGCUUUCCGAGUGGACACUCUUCCUUUGCGUUUGCUGGUCUGGGCUUCACUGCCCUGUACUUGGCUGGGAAGCUGCACUGUUUCAGCCCGGUUGGCCGUGGUAAAGCCUGGAGGUUGUGUGCCUUCCUCACCCCCCUCCUCUUCGCCGUCAUGAUCGCCCUCUCCAGAACUUGUGACUACAAACAUCACUGGCAAGAUGUGUUGGUGGGAUCCCUCCUCGGUCUGGCCUUUGCGCACUUAUGUUACAGACAGCAUUACCCGGCUCUCAAUGACUCAGACUGCCACAGACCCCUCCGAAUGAGAGAGGCCACGGUUCCUGCCCAGGAACGCAAGCAGGUCAACCCAGGCUACCUCUUACCUUUGUAGAAACUUAACCGGACCAAUAACCAUAUACUGUGUGAAAGUUUACCAAGCCAUUUGCUGCGAUUAUGUCUGUUUUUUUGUAUGUGUGACGCCUGUCAAUCAACGAGCACUUCUCGUUUUUGCCUUCCUAUACCGUUUUAGACAUUCACAGUGAAUGUUUUGUGUAUUGUAGAGCACAAUUUGUAUCUUAUCAAGCUCUUUGACGUUUAUAUGUGAACUAUCCUAGUGAAGAAAUAUCUGUGAAAACAGCUUCUCUGUCAAUUUUAAAACUUUGCAGACAUAUUUAUAGAGAUCUCCAGUCCAGUGUAUCUAUACAGCAAAACCCUGAUAUAUUUGUCAAUAAAGUUUGUGGCGAUUUCUAAUGUA